AUUUAGGAUAUUUAGGAAUUUGCUUUACAAUAGCUUUAUUACGUUUUUUAUUAUGAUUACUUUUUAUAAAAACUUUUAUUCUGACGGUUAUGAUUAUGUCGGUGCUAUUGGAAUGGAUACGUGAUCGCCUUAUUUUUAUUGUAAAAUUAUUAUUGAACAUUCGAUCUUUUACAACUUUGUUUUCCGUAGCAGUUUUGGUCUCAUACUUAGUUACGAAAUGUACUAAUCAAAAUAAUAAACCAGAUUACAAUAUAAUUAUUAUUGGAGCAGGGUUCUCUAGUGUUGGUGCGGCUUCUUCUUUGUAUGAAAACGGUGUAAAAGACUUUUUAAUACUAGAGGCAAAAAACUACAUAGGAGGUAGAGUGCAUAAAGAAAAAUUUUAUGGUGAAAAUGUGCCAUUAGGAGCUGGUUGGAUACAUAAAGUAAACGAUGAUCACUUUAUUUGGAGAUUAACUAAACAAUUUAAUCUAAAAUACUAUUUGGAUGAUUACGAUGAUGUCACAUUCAGAGAUGACGAAGGGAAGCAUCAUUCAGCAGAAUCUGUACUUGCCGUUUCAAACAGAUUAAAUGAUAUUUUGAGACGUGAUGUACCAGAAUUGAUGAAAAAUAAGGAAGUUGACAUUGCUUUAAGCAAUGCUUUAAGCGAGUCUGGUUGGAAUCCUAAUACAAAACUCGAGCAUGCUACUGAAUAUUUAAAAAUAGACUUUGAAAGUGGAAAUCCUGCUUCAGAACUUUCUGCAAAAUCUUUUUCUUUGACAGGCGACGGUGAUGAUGUAGUAAUAACAGAUUACAGAGGAUACGAAUAUAUUGCUGAAGUUAUUUCUAAACCUUUCAAAGAUAAAAUAUUUUUCAACAAAGAAGUGCGAAAAGUAAUACUUGAAAACGGUAUUUACAAGGUCAUUUUAUCAACUGGGGAAAUUUAUUCUGCAAAAUACAUUUUGUUUUCAGUCAGUGGCAAAGUGUUGGAAAGCAAUUAUAUAUCAAUUCAACCUUCUUUGCCAGAUUGGAAAAUAAAAGCUCUUAAAAGUAUUACAACAGGGGAUUACUGUAAAAUAUAUUUAAAAUUUCCUUUUAAGUUCUGGGAGGACUCUAACUACAUAAUGAUCGGUCGAAAUGAUAAAGUUUAUACGCAUUGGCAAAACUUCGAGCGCAUAUUUCCCACUAAACCAAUUUUGUUAGUAACUUUAACCGGUAAAGAAUGUAAAAAUAACCAAUUAGAGACUGAUUAUAAAAUCAUAAAAGACAUACACGCCUUACACAAAAGUGUUUAUGGACCGAAUGUACCAAUGGCCACAGAAAUUCUUCGUAGCAAUUGGACUUACGAUGUUAAUUUUCAAGGUGCCUAUUCUAAUCCAACUUUUGGAACAACACAAGAGCAUUAUGAUUUGUUAAAACAACCUGUUGGCAAUUUAUGGUUUACUGGAGAAUAUUUGGCAGGGUUUGAGCAAUCUGCAUAUGUAGUAGGAGCAUUGGAGGCAGGAAUGAAAACAGGAAACGAAAUUUCAGAACAAAUAUUAAGAGAACAAAUCUGAAUGUUGUUUAAGGAUUAUUAAGCUAAUGCUUUUUUUUUAUUUCAGAAAUUUUAUUUUAAAAUUUAUACUGUUACAAAUUGUUAACUUAAAUUGAUUGUAAAAACUGUAUUAUAAAGUAAACAUAAUAAUAAUAGAUUAAAAAAAUAAAUAAAUAAAAUUA